AUGGAGCCAUUGGAAGACAUAUAUGUUCAUGGCGUUCAUGAUGCUCAACAACUCAUCCAUGUCCUUCGAGACAUACAAGCAUUUAUUGCCAUUGAUCACACCCGGUUACCUGUGAAACUCAUUGUCAUUGACUCCAUUGCUGCAUUGUUCAGAUCACAGUAUCAGACAACACCGGCAGAUUUGAAACGACGGUCUGAAAUGUUCUUCAAGAUAUCUGGGACAUUGAAGGCUUUAGCAAAUAAGUUUGGGUUGGCGGUGGUUGUCACCAACCAAGUGGUGGAUUUUAUUGGGCCACAUGAUGGAGUGAAUGGGGUAAGGUUGAGAAACUUGGAGUGCAUGCACACAUCAGGCAGAAGGGUGGUUUUAUUGUGGCCUGUGGAACCGCACCUUGAGCACUUUCUUGUAAUGGUGCCCUCUCCUUGCGAGGGAAUUCUUAGCUUCUUCCGUCUGCCUGGCAUGACCUUUGCCAUGGGAGGCAGCACAACUCGACUUCGAACAUGUUCAGGAAUAACCCACAUUACGUGA